CGGCUUGGCGUCCAUAUUGAACUGUGUAUUUAAGGACUGAUCAAAAUAGUGCGUUCCUUUUCAUUUUUCACGCAUUUAGAUGUCGUUAUAGAUUUGUCAAAAUUUGUAGUAUGUCAUACGCGUUAUUGUUUGUUUGAAGUCAGAUAGAACUGUUCGGAGUUUGUUUGUUGUCCCGUGGCGUGUGUUACAACAGGCUGAGAUCGCGUGUGGAUGCAAAUAAAGAAAACAGUUACGUUGGGUUCCUAGAAUUUUCGCACAAAGGCAGGUGUGACACAGUGACGUCAACGUUUUCGCGUUCGCGUCCGGAUCGACGCACGUUCAAGCUGCCUAAACGUAAUGAAUCUCCAGAGCUGGGAGAAGGUCCUUCUUCAGUGGAUCCACACCUUUGGAUUCACGAAAUCAAAGUAUAUCACACUAGAGCAGACCGACAUUGAUUCGUUCUUCGCUUAUUAUGUGCAGAAGGCCCUGGUGGAGCCUGUGCCAGUGGUGGAGGUUGCGCUGCAGGCUCAGCCAACACAACCGCCCAAUGAUGCCUCACCAGGAAAGAUGACGCCCUUGCAGGCGUUCCUUGGAGAGAUGUAUCCUGAAUUUAAUGGACACAUAGAUAGCCAAGGACGACUGGCUGGGUCAGACUACCUUUACGUAUACUCACUGCUCCUGCACUACAAGUGUGUGAAGCAGCCCAGCGCCUCUUUUCACAGCAUUUGCAAAAAGCUGCCAGUUCUGACGCAGUCGUGCAUUUGUGAGUUCUUUCAGCAGACGAUGAAUAAACAGUUGACUCGCGAGAACCUCAGCCAGGCUAUCGCCGAAGUGAGAAGCGUCUUCCUGGCGCCGGGCGCUGCAGAGAUCAAACAAUGUCGAGCAACCAGUUCCCAAAGUCUGGACAGCGAUGGCAGUGGUCACUGCAGCAGUCUCGGCGAAGAUACUCCGGACCUGCCCAGUGACUUUAUAGGGCCUAUAUCUUCGCCGUCGCCAAAGGCAAUGCCUCCACCUGCGACGCCCAAGACAGAGCUGCUGGAACAACGAACCAGAGAGGUAAGGGGUCUUCAAGCGCAAUUAGAGGCGGAGCGUUACGAGAAAAACGUUCUGGAGGAGCAGAUCUUGGAGAACGAACACCUAAUUAAAUCCCUGAGAAAAGAAAACAAAGUGAAAAAAUUGCAGCUGGCUAAACUAAAGGACUCAAGCGAGAAUGAAGAUGAAGACUCGAUUGGCAAAUACGUGCCGAAUGAAUUUGAUCAUUUGAAAUGCAGCCUGUUGAAGGAGAUUAGCCAGAAGGAGGCCAUUAUAACGGAGACCCGUGAUAAGCUGCAGGAUUUGCGCAUUGAAAACACCGAGCUCCGAAGCAAGUUAAAAUCUUCGUCGGAACAAAUGGUGGUAUGCAUGGACCGCAUCAGGGAUCUUGAGGUUCGGCAAGAAGAGCUCUCACAAACACUGUCAACAAAAGCCGAGCAGGUUAUCUGCCUGGAACGUGACAAGCAGGAGCUAGAGCAGUGCUUGCAAGUCACCCGCGAUGAGCUACACAAUCGGCGCGAGGUGCUCAACGCUUCCUCCGAUCUACUCGACUUGCCCUUGUCGCCGAACACUACUCCCGAGAACCUAGCCGACUCGGUGAUUGACAAGCAAUUGCGGGAGAAGGAGCACGAGAACCUCCAGCUCAGAGAAGAGCUCCAGGAACUUAGCAAGUCCCUGUUGGUCAUCUUAGAGGAUCACGGCUUAGCGGUUUCAUCUGUAGCAGACCACUCUACACAGUUGUCGUCCACUAUUUGCGUUAUCAAGGAGGAAUUGAUUAAGUCAGAACACCUGAUUGAGCUGCGCGAUAGCCAGCUCCUCGAGAAAAGCCAGCUGCUUGAUCAAGCCCUGGCACAAUGCGCAAAGCUAGUUGAAGAAGGCCGUGAGCAAGCCAAGGAACUGGAAAAAAUUAACGCACAGUAUGAACAGAAGCUAGCUAGUCAUCUGUCUAGCCAGCAGGCGCUGCAGUCCCAAAACGACAAGCUCCUCCAAUCGCUUAGCCAUGCGAACGAUGAGUCUGCCAAAGCGGAUGAGCACCUGCGCCAGAUUAAGGUGCAGCUGGCCGAAAAAGAGGAGGAGAUGGUCCAAUUGGGCACUAAAAUCUCGGAGCUGCACGAAAAGAACAAAAUUCUUGAGAGCCGGACUAACUCCCUGAUCACCGAACGAAACAGCGGAGUUUUGCAGCUUCACCAGGAGCAGCGCCGCCAGGAAUACGUUCGUAACAAGUACACUCAGUGCCGCGAUCAGCUGGUGGCCCAAAGCUCAGAUAUGGGCCUGUUGUCCAGUCACCUGAAUGCUUCCGACUGGAACGACACGGUUCGGAGAAUUGACGAAUUAAUUGUUGCCAGGGAGGAGCUAAAGCAGCAGCACGAAGCCCUGAAGUUGGAUCAUGUGAAGUCCGAGCAGGAAGUUAGUGAGCUGAAGGAACGUUUGCAGCUUGGCGUGGAGCUGCAGCAGUGUAUGCAACAGAGCCACAAGCAGCAGAUGACAGACCUUCAGCAGCAACUUCAAGCGGCGAACGACCUAAUGGAAGCAAUGCAGCAGCGUAAUAUGCAAUUCGUUGAGCAAAUCCAGACAGAUCUCAACAACCAGUUGCAUAGCUCUCAACAGGAAGUGGAGAACUUCCUGUCUCGAGUCACAGCGGUUGUGAAUGAUGGCAAAGCCUCUGUUAAAUCGGAGUAUAAUUGUCAACUGUCCAAAUUCGAGCAGUUUGAAUCCACGCUCGUUUCAUCUAUUCAUCAGCGUUCUCUGGAGGUGAAAGCCUUACAGGCGACGGUUGAUCAAUUGCGUGAGGAGCUGGACACGGUUCAACGACAGAACGAAUCACUGCUCGAGGCGGAGAACCAGCAGCGGACUUCAAGGAUUGAUCAACUUAUGCGGCUCAUGCACUCCCUGGAAGCCAGUGCCACGAAGUUACGUGUCACGCUGGUUCAUAAGGACGCCGAGAUCGCUUCUAAGAACCAGCAUGUGGCCGAACUGCAAGAAAAACUGGCGAGUGACCAAGCCAGCAGCCUGCUGAUAAAGCAACUCAAUGACACCAUCCAAAAUCUAGAGCAAGUUAACGAAAAGCUAAUCGAUGACAACGCUAAGCUGCAAAACCUACACAUGGACGUUAACUCUUCCUUGUUGACAGUCAACGCUGAAGUUGAGCGUCUAACGAACGAACUGUCCCAGUGCCGGGAAAGUUUAGUCGAGAUGACUGCAUCGGACAACCUUAAAGCCACUCAGUUGGCUGAGAGCGACCAGGAGAGGCAGAAGUUGCAAGGUCAGCUGAACGAAAUGAGUGCAAAGUAUUCCGAGUUAGAGCAGCAUGUAGACCUCCUAAGAUCUUUAAAGUCAGAGUGUGAGAAGCGCUGUCAAGAACUCGAGGAGAAGUUGGCAGCGAAGGAGUCUCAGUUCUCGCAGCUGAACAUGCAACACGAAGAACAACUUGAGGGUUUUAAAGCAAAGCUAAAGGACGCCCAAUUUAAUAUCGAACAGCAGCGCCAGGCGAUACUGACCGAUAGGGAGGAAAUUUACAAGUACAGGGCACAGCUGGCUGACCUCGGUAAAGCUCGAGACCAGACUCAAGAAGAGAUCGCGAGGCUACGUGGCCUAUUAUCCGAUGAAGAAAAGGACAAUCAGGAGCUUCUUAAAACAAUCAAGGAUUUAGAAGGCAAGGAGCUGCAACUGGCCCAGAAGGUGGAUAAAUUAAUGGGCGAACACUCCGCAGAGCUGAGCCGGCUGCAAGCAAUGCUAAUGGACAAGCAGGCGAUUACGGCCCAGCUAAAAACCCAGUUGGCCAGCGCCACAGAACUGGCUCAGACGAGGGCAAAGCAAUUGACACAGGCCGAGCUCGCGCAGGUCGAACUCGCGGCUAGUUUACAGCGCGAGAAGGCGAUGUCGGAACAGCUCCGUGCUGAAGCCGAGGAAAAGAGUUCCGCUGCUUACGAGCGCAUCGGAAAGCUGGAGAAGUUGCGGGACAUCCAGGAACACAAGGUGCGACAGCUGAACGACCAACUAGCAGAAGCCGAGCAGCUGAAGGUCAGCCUUAACUUGGAGAUCGGAGGCCUGAAUUCUGAUAUUGAGCAGCGCAAGCGUCAGAUGGCAGAGCAGGCAAAUCAAUUAAGCGCUAAGCAGAUUGAGAUUGCCGAAUUAGAAUGUCAACUGAAGUCUGAGGCCGAAGAGCACAAGCUGGUUAAGGUGGAGCUAGAACAAAUUACCGUAAAACUGGCCGAAGUUCAGCAGGAGCUGAAUAGCACAAGGCUAGUUCACGACACUCAGCAUUACGAGCUGGAUGAGAAGACGCGGGAGAUCGAGUUGGAGCGCGCCGAGUCCGCAGAACGAGUCCGUUUCUACCAGCGCCGCAUCGAUUCACUCGAGGGUCAGCUGGCCGAGGUACAGGCCGCAAACCAGACGCAGGCUCAGACCCCAACUGAUCUGUGCACAACCUAUAGCAAGGCGGAUUGCCCCGCUGCCGCUUCAGAUGACGAACUUGUUCAGUUGCGCCAGGAAAUGGCCAGAAGCAAGCUAGACUGCCAAAUCCUCCAGGCCAAGUAUCGUGAGACCAAGGAAGAAAUCCAGCGCUGCGAGCAGAAGAUAAAGGACCAGCGCCUGGAGAUGGAGGGCAAGCUCGACAAGAUGAAAACGAAGAUGCGCUCUUUGUACACCGCGGAGGUGACUCGCAUGAAGGAGAAGCAGGAGCGGGAUGCGGCCAGCAACAAGGCGGAGCUCGAAGCCCUGACAGCACAGAAUGUCAAGUACGAAGAGCACACUCGCAAGCUGUCCAACCAGAUUGUCCGUCUCAACGAUAAAAUUCUAGAGCAGCAGAAACAGCACGCCAUAAUAAGCACAAAGCUGCGCCACCUUCAGAUGCAGCCUCAACCCAACGCAACCAAGGUCUCUGCGGCUAAGCCCCUGGUUACGGUCAAUGCCGGCUCAUCGGCUGUCAAUGACGAUUGGCAGCCCUUUAAGCGGCCCAAUGCCCCAUCCUCCAAUUUGACAAUGGAGGAUGAAGAGGGCGAAGUAUUUAACAAUACCUACCUAACGGACCUAAAGCUGGGUCGGGUGCCGGAUAUAACCGCCGAGGAGUUGAACUAUCGAAACUCGUUGCAGCCGCCGCAUCUGAAGAGUACCUAUGCCGCCCAGUACGAUCUAAGCAGUCAGGAUGAAGAUCUCAAAGAUGGACCCCACAGCCUUGAUGAUAGCAUGUGCGCCUUGCUUAGUUCAACGGGCACCGGAACACGUAAAAAGUCUAUUGGCACCCACUACAAGCGUCCCGGACCGCCAACGCCGAGCAAGAACGGAGGUCGGCUGUCCUUCGGCAGCUCGGAGCCGCCGCGCGAGGUUCUGCGGGAGUGCAACGACCACAAUAGCAAUUCCAAGACGCCGGCGCGCUUUAAAUUCCUGACAACGCGGUUCAGCGUCGGGAGCAGCGGCCUUCCCCGGGACGAGCUGCCUCAACGCAAGCGGUCGAGUAUAUUGACCAGGUUGCAGCGUCGCAGGUUACAGCGUCAGGCGGCAGACGCGUUUUGCACGUCUACGCCUCGCAAGAGCCGCUCCUACUAUGAUCGGCAACGUCUGAUCGACAAUGUGUUUUCGGACGAAGAGCAGACCGAAGCAGCGGACCAGCAGACAACUCCACACCUGUCCAAUGGAGCGCUGCUAGCCUUGACCCAAGGGAAUACCCGAAGAAUCUCCGCCACCCACACGCCUAAACGUCAAGCUCGCCUUCCGCUCUACCUAAAUGGCAACGGAACGGCAAAGAUUGGCAUUUCUGGCGAGCGGAUGCGACAGCGGCGGAAAAUGUGCCGGGAGCGGAUGGCACGCUUCGAUCAAGACCGACCUCUUGACCAGAUUCGUCUGUCCGAUCGCCUUUCCUGUUCGGGAAGGCCCUCCCAACUUUUGAUGGGAAAUACGGUGGUGCUGGACGAUGGCAGAGGAAGGAGAUCAAUGAUAGGCGUCACUUUUAAGGUGGAAGACUCCUUGCGGCUGGCGGUACAGCAGUUCGAGGCUGACAACAUGUCGAACUGGGCACCGAACAAUGAGAACAGUGAUGUGCAAGACUGUCGUUUCGAACAGCUGUGCAAGCAGAAGACGUCCACGGCGCCUUUUCAUGUUCAGCCAGCAGGGGUGGAGGAUUUACAGUCAGUUCGGUGUAGGACCCUCAUCAGGACCCUUACGUCCGACGAGUGGCAGCGAGUGGUCCUCGUAGUGUCGGGACUCUCGGUCGUUGCAGCGCUGUUUUCGCUGCUGGUGCGGACAUGGGUAUAGGAAAACCAAAGCAGUAACUCGCCACCCAAGAGACGUCUCAGCAACAUGUUCAAGCGCAAGGAGCGC